AUGCCUCGUGUUUGGGCCACUCUCCCUACUUACUUCCACGAGUACCUCAUUCCCACCCCCUUGAUGAGGAAGUUCGCUGUCCAGCUCAUACUCGUACUUCAUUUUGCCCACGCAAGCAAUAUCAGACAACCCAACAUCAUGAUCAAAUUCCAAGAUAUAUCCCUCAUCAAGUCUGAAUUCCCCAUCGACCACCCAACCCCAACACAAAACCGAACCAAGGCAAAAUACACUCCGAUCCUAAACCGUUCCGUAAUACCACCUGUUGGGUAUCAUAAGCUCAGAGACCACCUAGCGAAAAUUUUAAACCAUUUUGGAUGUUUUUCUAAAGAACUGCUUGCUCAAGGAGAUGCCGAGACCGUGAAUAGCAUAUUCGAAGGAGAGGGACGAAUCAAGGGGGUCAAAUCGACAGGUGUGCCACCAUUAGAGCACGAAAAUGGUGGUGCGGACUGCGGCGGAAUGAGAUAA